AUGAGAAGGUUUCAUACUAAUCCAUUUAUAUUCUGGUACAGAAAGUAUGAAAAAUUGAAUGCUGCCAAAGCAUCUGUAAGUGCUGAUAGAGAUGAAAAAAUUGAGCAGGCUGCUGGUAGCAUUGAACGGGACUUGAUUCUUCUUGGUGCUACCGUAGUUGAAGAUAAGCUCCAGCAAGGGUUCCAAGCCUGUGCCUUUGAACCAGAAGCUAAGCAUGGUGUAAAAUCCAUUGUCACUGAAUGA